AUGGAGGAUAUCAUUAAUGCGCUGCAGAGGCAGGACAAAAUGAUAAAGGAAGGUGCAAGCAGCGACGAUAAUGAUGAUAAAGGGAUGGAUAGUGGGAGCGAUAAGGAGCGUGAUGCCAAGCUGAAGCAUACCAUCUGCAAAUUUUAUGUCUCGCUUAUCUGCCAGAUUGUCGGAAGUAGGCCAUUCUGGUCUGCUAUCUUGAGCUUCUGUGCUAUGCUUAGCCGGAUAAAGGCUCUAAUGCGCCAGGUGGAUAACGAGCAGCAUAAGCGGUGCAUAUGGCGCGAACCAGGGAACUUUAACAGCAAUCUAUCCGCGCUCACCUAG